CCCCUCUCUCUAUUUAAUUAACAGCUUCAUUCUAUUCUACAUACUAAUCAUGUCCAUGUCCAUUGAAGAUACCGGCAAAGUCCGUGAUGGAUUUCCCCGCCCGUUCCCCAACACUCCGUCCAACGUCCUCGAGCAGCUCCGCAUGAACGGCAAGGUCGUCGUCGUCACCGGCGGCGCAGACGGCAUCGGAUUUGCGGUCGCGGAGGCCAUGGCUGAGGCUGGUGGUGAUGUUGCUCUUCUUUACAAUUCGAAUGACAAGGCGAUUGUGAGAGCGCAAGGGCUCGCCUUAGCACACAACAUCAAGGCAGCUGCCUUCAAGGCUGAUGUUUCCGAUCCGAACCAAGUUCAGGAUGUUAUUCAAAAAGUCGUGGUAGAGUUUGGCAAGAUUGAUGUCUUUGUCGCCAACGCCGGAAUGGCCAUCUCCAAGCCGAUUCUAGAACAGACGUUGGACGAAUACAAAAAGCAAAUGUCUGUAAAUGUGGACGGCGUCGUUUACUGUGCCAAAUAUGUAGGCCAAGUGUUCAAGGACCAAGGUUUCGGCAACCUCAUCAUCACUUCCAGCAUGAGCGCACAAAUCGUCAAUGUGCCGGUCGACCAGCCCGUCUAUAACGCUACAAAGGCAUAUGUCACGCAUUUCGGCAAAUCAUUGGCCCGGGAGUGGCGGGAGUUCGCUAGAGUCAACAUCGUCUCGCCAGGCUUCUUCGAUACCAAGAUGGGUGCCGGCCCGCUUGCCCUUAACGAAGCAUAUCGCAUGUCCGUAUUGGGUAGACAAGGCCAUGUCAAAGAGAUCAAGGGUCUCUAUCUGUAUCUUGCCAGCGACGCGUCAUCGUACCAAACGGGUAGUGAUGUUCUGAUUGAUGGUGGCUACGUUUUGCCCUAAGAUUUUACUUUGUGUAGUCAGAUGAGCACUUUUCACGUGGAAACUUGUUAUGACUGUUUGUAUUUCUUUGUUAAUCUUUUAUACAUAUUUGAUGCAUUUUCA